AUGGACAACACCCCACCGCUCUCAGAAAUAAAACCCGUUUUUCCCCCCACGUCAUCUCCCGCCGCAGAACCCCCCGCAGCUCAACAGACAAUUGAUGUCCUCAACCUCCAAACGCACAUUGAGGGCGGAUACUUUGUCGAAACCGACAGAGACCCUCUUCGCAUUCCGAACCCGUUCCUGAAAGACAAUAAGCCGUACCGCCAUCAACCAGGGCAUGCCACAGCUCAGGCUGUCGGUGACGAUUCCACCCGUUCCGCCAGCACCUCAAUCUUCUACUAUCUCUCACCUGGAAGACCGUUAGGUGUCUUCCAUAGGAAUCGGUCACGGACUGUGCAUACCCUGCACCGUGGACGGGGGAGAUAUGUAAUCAUACACGCGGACGAGGUGGAAGAGGGCGGCAAGGCGAGGAUUGAAACCUUCGUGGUGGGGAAGAAUAUUGCGGCCGGUGAAAAGCUGCAGUGGAUUGUUGAGGGGGGUAAGUUUAAGAGUAGCUAUUUGUUACCAGACAAUGAGUCAGGGCAAGAAACGGAUGGUUUGCUGAUUAGCGAGACUGUCGUCCCCGGAUUUGAAUACCAGGAUAAUGAUUUCAUGCUACCUGAGACCUUGGAAGAGCUAUUGACACCCGAGCAAGCCAAGGAGUUGGCAUGGAUGGUGAAAAAAGCCUGA